AUGAAAUUCUCACAAGUUGCUUUAUUAUCUACUGUCGCUGGUUCAUCAUUAGCUGUUUACACUAACGGUACCGUUACUGACAUUCAAACCACUGUUGUUACUAUCACUUCAUGUGAAGAAAACAAAUGUCAUGAAACCGCUGUUACCACUGGUUUAACUACUGUUACUGAAUUAGAAACCACUUACACUACCUACUGUCCAAUUUCAGAAGAAUCCCAAGCUUCAUCAGCUCCAGCUCCUUCAGCUCCAGCUCCAGCUCCUUCAUCAGAAGCUGAAGAAUCAAAACCAGCUGCUUCAUCAACUCCACAAACCGUUGAAGCUCAAUCAUCAUCAGCCCCAGCUACCUCAGCCCCAUCAGUCACUGCAGCUGAAGGUUCAGGUGCCAAAGUUGUUGCUCCAGUCGCUGCUGGUUUAUUAGCUUUAGGUGCUUUAUUAUAA